CGUCCGAUAGCUGCGCCUCUCAACUGAACCUUGCUGCUGCGGCUUUCGAAUGACACCACCUACUAGCAACUUAGGCUGCGUAUGAGAAAAUAAGCGGAAAUAUCAGAGAAUAAGCGCAACGGUAAUAUGUUGGCCUGAUAUUCUGCUCGAAACCGCCGCUCGACUGAGCUGUCAGCUUCCCGGCCCUUCUAUCUCUCCCGCCUUUACAUCCCAGGCGAAGGACCGUAAUUCAGGGGACACCCCUCGCAAUUACCCCCCGUGUUAUCAGGGGAACCCUCGCAAUUACCCCCCGUUUUAUCAGGGGACACCCAACGUAUCUUCCCAUGGCUCAUGCCGCUGCUGCCUCUACCAUCCGCUGUUUUGCCACUCCCGUUUCCUCGGCAAUUCCAAGGCCAGUUGUAGUGCCACGUGGCGCGACCAGAGCCACACGCAUACCAGACUCUCGAUUCAGUCACAUGCCGUCCCAAAAUCGCCACGUGUCACCCAGACAAGAGCGCUCCUCUCCCGUCACCAAUAGCGAAGCGAGGCUCCUAACUCGUGCUCAUGGCAGCGGAUCAGGACUGCCACGUGGAGGAAAUCCAUUGGCAGCGGGACGUGAGAGCAGCAGGGCAACAGUAGCAGCAGAAGCAGCAGCAGGAGGAAGGGUGGAAGGGGGGGGAGGAGGAGCGGGAGGGGGGGAUGGGAUAAGGGAGAGUGGUGGUGGGGAGGUGAACCUAGGAGUGGCAGCAGCAGCGGUUGACGAAGCAGCUGUUCUGGUUCGGCCACAGCAUCGGAUAGAGCUGUUACUAGUGGCGCUGCUGGCGGUGUGCCUGGGAGUGGCCAAUCGGGUGCUCUACAAGCUCGCCCUCAUCCCCUUAAAGCCCUACCCCUUCUUCCUCGCUCAGUUGACCACAUUCGGCUACGUGGCCAUCUAUUCCAUAAUCCUCCUCACCCGCGCCUCCCUCAAUAUAGUCACACCUGACAUGCUCGCCCUGCCCAAGCGCCCCUUUCUGCUUAUGGGGCUCUUAGAAGCCGUGGGGCUCACGUCAGGCAUGAUGGCUGCUGCGCACAUGCCUGGAGCCCUCAUCCCCGUCCUAUCGCAGGUCUUCCUGGUCUGGCAGCUCUCCCUCUCCUCGCUCUUCCUUGGCCGCCGCUACUCGCUGCAGCAGCUUAUUGGAUGCUUCCUCGUGAUUAUGGGGGUCGUGGUGGUGGUGACGACCAGUGGGCCUCCCACCUCCUCGCUAUCCUCGUCAUUGGCCGCCUCGCUAUCAUCCACAGCUGUCCAGUGGCCCCUUCUCUUUAUGUUAUCCGCCGCGUUUCCCGCAGCUUCCUCUAUUAUUAAGGAAUCCGUUUUCCGAGAUUCGGCCAAGAAGCUCAAGGGUCGCUCAUUGGACAUAUUCGUCGUCAACACCUUCGGGUCCUCCUUCCAGGCGCUCUUCGUUCUCCUCCUCCUCCCGCUCAUCUCCUCGCUAGGGUUCAACAUCCCCCUCUCGCAGCUUCCUGCCUACAUCCGAGAAGGUUCUGCGUGCCUUCUCAACUUCAACCAGGGAAUUGCAGCAUGCAAGGGAGCUCCUCUCCUCCCCCUGCUCUACGUGGCCGCCAAUCUCGCGUUCAACAUCUCCAUGCUGGCUCUUCUAAAGAAGUCCUCCGCUGUUGUUGCCUCUCUCGCGAUGACUCUCACAGUGCCCCUCACGGUACUGGCAUUUACCCUCCCCCUCCCCCUGCUCGGCCAACCCCAGCCCCUGGGAGGGGGAUUUAUCGUUGGGGCUUUGGUGCUGCUGGUGGGGCUGGCUGCCUAUAACCUCGCCAAGCCUGCAGGCACGGCAGGAGGAGGGAAACUGAAGUUGAUAACAGACAAGGAUGAUUAGGUUCCAGAGAGCGAUCGGGCACCGAACAAAAAAGAGAACUCUUCUUCUUCAAUAAGUAAAUUGUAGGCAUUUAUUUUGAUAUGAGACAACGACCACAUGAAGGAAGUGACCUCUGAAGGGUAAGGGAGAGUGUUGUUUCUAGGUGCAUGUGAGAGUAGUGGUUGAAAUGUUACAAAUAUGGAGAUUAAUUGGAAUGUGCUGUACA